AUGUCCUACUAUGAUGAUGUUGUAGAGAGCGAGGCAUUUGAUCCAUACACAGAUGACCCAUUGCUCUUUGAGUUCAAGGCUCCAAAACGCAAGUCUGAGAUUGAUCCUUACAGGGAUGAGGAGCAUCAUCUUGGCCCUAAAAAGGUGAAGGUGGAUCACCAUUGGCGUGAUGAGAAGCCUCUCCCCAAGAGCAAAUUUCCCAGCAGGAAGGAGAAGACAGACAUUGAGCUAGAAGAGCAGAGAUCAAAAGAGCACCCACCCAUUGAAUGUGGUUUCAUGCUCUCAGCUGUCCCUCUCCACAUUCAUCACAAGAGGAGGUGCUUCAGGUUGCCUGGGGUCUGGGCACUGCCAUCAAGGAAUGAGGAGUCUCCUCCAAAUCAGUCCUUCACUCAAAAGUCCAAGCCAACUAGAGUGAAGCCAUUGUGUGACAGCAUACAGACAGUCUGCAGUGAUGAGGAGUUCAUUCCAGGCCUGGAUUUCUUGUAG